CUCACCUUCUCGCGAGAGUUUGGAUUUGAAAUGGCGGCGGGCGCGGCCUUCGGAGGCCCCGCUCGGCCUCGCUGAGGGCCGCGGGAAGCCUUUAACCGGCCGGGGCGGGGGAGGUCGGGUCCUCCUCCUCCGCCGCGCCCGGCCCCUUUUCGGUGUCUCCGCGCAAGGCUGGGAGGCUCCGCUCGCAUGGAGCAACUGCGGCCGCGGCUGCUGAGGACCUACUCGGGGCUGAAGGGGCGAGCGAGCCGCGGAGGACGAGCGGGAGGCAAGGCCGAGCUGAGGCUCCGUCCGCGGGCGACGCCCUGGUUCUGGCCCCCCGCCGACCCCAACCGCCUCUUCAGCACCAGCUCCUCCUCGGCCGCCUCCUGCUCCUCGGCCGCCUCCAUUAACGGCGACGACGACGACCCGGAUUUCCGCCCGCCCGCCAUAAAAGGGGGCAAGAAGAAGAAGAAGAGGAAGAACCGGGGCCCCCCCAAGGAGAACCGGCCUCCCCCCAAAGCAAGCCAGGGCAGCAGCAGCAGGAGCGACCCCUUCGUGCCCCCUACCCCCGUCCACAGGAACGUCACCUUGCGACGGCCUCAGAAGGACUCCCCGCUUGGCCCCAAGCGCCCCACUCGCCUGCGGGGAACCCCUCUGCUGUGCAGCACUCCUGAGUGGCCCCUCCUGACCCAAUUGGGGGCCAAAAGGAGGAGGGCCCUCCAGGAAGAAGAAGGCGAGGAGAAGGACCCCCAAAGCCCCGUCUCCCACCCUCCGGGUUGCCCCGGCCGCCCGUGGGAAGUGUUCCGAGAAGGCAGCCGGGACUCCCACCAUGGGCUCCUCCUGGAGCUGAGCAUGCUGAAGAUGGACUCGGAGGAAGGGCCGGAAAUGGGGGACUCGCUGCAGCUCUUCAGCCCCGAGGAAGCCCCGCCGCGUCCGCAGAAGUCGCCGGGAGACGGUUCGCUGACGGACCCUGCGCGUCUGGAGGGCUUCAGAGGGACGACUGGCUCUCCUAGCCAAAGCGCUUUGCAGCGUGACGAGACCCAGAGUGGGACGGAAGACUCCCUGGUUAGGCGAGAGCAGAGCCCGGGCCGAGGGACCGAUCGAGAUCGUGAUCCGGUGCCGUCGUCGGUGACGGAAGCGAGCCCCACUGCCCGAAGUCCUGUUUGCGGCGUUUUCCAACUUCAAGCCAGAAUGCAGGAUGGCAAAAUUGCGCUCUCUCCCCCAGAAGGGACCGUUUUUCUCCCUCUGGAGCGAGAGCUUCGCUUUGCUCAGGACAUUAGUGCUCCCGAGGAGAUGGCUGGCGAGGUCGGUAGGAGCGACCACGGUAUCGUUCCUGACAGCCUCCAGUUCCAGCCGGUUGUCAUUCUGGAUGAACAGGUGGUUUUGAAAUGGUUGGCGGAUCAGUCCGCCAGAAAGCCAAAGGCUUCCUGUUCCUUGAAGAGGAAAAACCUCUUCCUGGCCCAGUCUCCCCACAUCCUGGCUAAAGCCUCCGAUUCCAGGAACAACCACCGAGUGGCCCCCAGUUGUAAUCCUGGAGGGACUGGCCGGAAAGCUUGUAUUAGCGGCUUCAGUUCUAAACGUUGGGGUCGCCAGAAAGUCAAUCGAGCGGCACACAGGCAAAACACAGCCUGGAAAGAGGCCGAUUCUCUCGUCCUGCAGGAGCGGCUGAAGUGGAAUGAGACCGAAGACCAACUUUCCGUCGCUUUCCUACCUUUGGACUCCUCCCUCAAGAAUUCCAGCUUGUGGCGUAGAAUCCGGGCUUCUUUUUCCCUCCAUAAGAAGAAAAAAAUCCUCUCCGAGGCUGAAAGCCUGAAAGGUAGCUUCGCCAGCUAUUCUUCGGUCCAGUCUCCUCUUCACGAUGUUUGCAAUACCCCUUUCACCCAAAAGCUGGGCUAUUCCAUCUGUCCGUCUUCCUCCAUGGUGCUGCUGUCGUCCAUGACCUCUCUCUCCACCUUGGAGACGACCUUGACGGACGCUGAAAAGGUCUACAGGGAAUGCCAGCAGGAGGGGCCGGUUUCCUUCGAGGAUUGGAUUUCUCAAAAGAAGAUGCCGAAGUGUGAAAAAAUCGGGGAAGGGGUGUUCGGGGAGGUUUUCAAAACUGAGACUGAAAAUGGGACCGUAGCUUUAAAAAUAAUCCCGAUCGAAGGGAGCGAGCGAGUCAACGGCGAACCGCAGAAGACCUUCACCGAAAUCUUGCCAGAAAUUAUCAUUUCCAAAGAACUGAGUCUCCUCGCUGAUGAGGUGGCUAACCGAACCUCUGGUUUUAUCCGGUUAUAUUCCGUUCAUUGUGUCCAAGGCACUUAUCCCGAGCACCUCUUGAACGCGUGGGACGAAUACCACCGGCUGAGGCAGUCAGAAAACAACCGGCCGGAUUUCUUCAGCGACCAGCAACUCUUCAUGGUCCUGGAAUUUGAAUUUGGAGGCACGGAUCUGGAGAACAUGAGGAACCGGCAGCUGAAUUCGGUGGCUUCGGCCAAGAGCAUCCUGCACCAAGUCACGGCUUCGCUGGCCGUCGCCGAGGAAGCCCUCCGCUUUGAACACAGGGACUUACACUGGGGCAACGUGCUGGUGAGGAAAACCAGCUUAAAAGAAGUGGCCGUUACCCUGAACGGCCAAGUCCACGUCCUUCCCACCCAAGGCAUCCUGGUGAACAUUAUUGAUUACACUUUUUCCAGGCUGGAGAGGGAUGGUUUAACAGUGUUUUGUGACCUUUCCACCGACGAAGAAGUGUUCCAAGGGAGAGGGGAUUACCAGUUUGAUAUUUAUAGACAGAUGAGAGAAGAGAAUGCAAACAACUGGGCCGAUUAUUUCCCCCACAGCAACAUUCUGUGGCUUCACUAUUUGGCAGACAAACUGUUGAAAGAGGUGUCUUACAAAAAGAAGGCCACCUCUUCCUCCCUCAAGCAAGUACAGAAGCAACUUAGGCUGUUCUCCGCGAAGGUUCUCAAUUUCAAGUCCGCCACUGAGCUGCUUAACCUAGGCACUUUCUUCCAGUGAAGAAUACACCUGAGCUCGGAGGACCGAGGGAGAGUUUUUAGGCCUCCUCGGAUGCUUUAGAAAAAUAUUUCACAAACGGUACCCCGAUUUUUAAAAACCACACAUUAUUGUCAGAGUGGCUCGACUGUGUUGCUUUGCGUUAACGUUUGAUUAGAGGGAAUCCCAACCCUCCCCCUCCCCCUCCCCCCCCAAAACCAUCAUUUUUGACCCCAAAACUUUUAAUUUUAAACUUGCCCCUAUCGCAAAACCCCUUAAUAUUUUCCUAAUUAUUGUGGCUUGUUUUAAAAGAAAGCACAACCUUUUUGUAACGAAACCUCAGAAAAUUAUGCCAGCUUUACUUUUGCAGUAUUAAAUCUGAUGAGCGCUUUUUAUAUUAAUAAACAUUUUUAUGUUGCCCAGCC